CCGAACGACCACAGGCGUGGCGCCGGUCGGCCCUAGCCCGGCCGUGGCACCGAAGAAAAGUGCCCAGGGAUCGGCUGGUAGAGAGCUGGCGGAUUUCAAGCCGUCUGUAGCGGGGGCAGCUCACAGUUCGCAAACCCGCAAGACCAGUUACGUGCACCAGCAUCUCCUCUAAGCAGCCACCCAGGGUUCUUCCCUUUCGGCGCUAAGUCGGCUUCGGUCGGCUCCAAUUCCGGUACACAAUUGCUUUGGGAAGGUAUGCACUUUUCCGCGGGCCUUCCUCGAGCGCCGCGUUUUAGCUAGGCCCAAGUGCCGAACAUAUAGAGCAUUACAUAUGGGCACAAUCGGCGCACAGUGUCGUGACAGGGGGCUCGACUUGCUGCCCAACGGCAAACAACGGACUUCCGGGAGGCCUCCGAGACUGAGCAAAUAUAAAAGCAGCUAGAGACGUCUCGUUGCUGCAAUUCUUGUCGCAGGUGAUACAAAUCGGCGCGGCAUGGCUCAUGUCGUGCAAUCGCUCGGCUGUUAUUUACCCCCUGGCCCCUGAAACGUUUCUCCAUUCCAGACCCUGAGCUUAUAAUAGGAUUACAGAUAGCGACACACACACGCGAAGAGACCUAAAGCCCCAGGGCACAGAGUAUUGAUUUGUGCUCCGACACUCGCUCGACGCCUGACUUGCUGGCGGAAACUUAGCAAGCCUGAGCUCAAUUGCCCUCAUAAGCCAUACCCGCUGAGGGUCGCCUCAUAGGCAAGAUGGAGGCCCACCUCAAAGCUCCCGCUGUGGGCAAGAUCUGUCGCCAGGGCCAAGUUGCCCGGGCGUUGGUCCCCGCCGCUGCUGGCCGCGCCACCAACGCCAAGCGCGCUGCUGUCACCGUGAUGGCCACUCCCCCCGAGGCCCCCGGCGCUGGCACCGCCUCCGCCCCUGGGGACUACAAGACGGCCGCUGCCACCACCACCACCACCACCACCACCACCGGCCAGACCGCCAGCAACCUGGUGGUGUUCCCCAGCCCGGCCGUGGUCAGCAGCGCUGGCAAGCCCGGCGGCAAGAUGGCGCCCAUGGACGGCAAUGAGGCCACCGCGCUCAUCGCCUACGCCGUGUCCGACGUGUCCUUCAUCUACCCCAUCACCCCCGCCACCAACAUGGGCGAGAUGGUGGACCAGUGGGCCUCCGAGGGCCGCACCAACGUCUUCAACAACGUCAUGUCCGUGACCGAGAUGGAGUCGGAGACGGGCGCCGCCGGCGCGCUGCACGGCGCGCUGGCCGCCGGCGCGCUGGCCACCACCUUCACCUGCUCGCAGGGCCUGCUGCUGAUGGUGCCCAACAUGUACAAGAUCGCCGGCGAGCUGACGCCCUGCGUGCUGCACGUGACCGCCCGCGCGCUGGCCAAGCACGCGCUGUCCAUCUUCGGCGACCACCAGGACGUGAUGGCCGUCCGCCAGACCGGCUGGGCCAUGCUGUGCAGCCACAGUGUGCAGGAGGCGCACGACCUGGCGCUGGUCUCCCACCUGGCCACACUGCGCGCCUCCGUGCCCUUCGUACACUUCUUCGACGGCUUCCGCACCAGCCACGAGAUCAACACCAUCCACCUCAUCGACAACGAGGCCAUCAAGUCCAUCCUGGCCAAGCCCAUCUACCAGGACGCCAUCAAGCACCACCGCGCCCGCGCGCUCAACCCCACCCACCCGCACCAGCGCGGCACGGCGCAGGGCCCCGACGUGUACUUCCAGUGCGCCGAGGCCGCCAACCCCUUCUACGACCGCGCCUACGACCACGUGGCCGCGGCCAUGGAGGAGGUGUCUGCCGUCACCGGCCGCGUGUACAAGCCGUACGAGUACGUGGGCGCCCCCGACGCCGACAAGGUCAUCGUCCUCAUGGGCUCCGGCUCCGCCGCAGUGGAGGAGGCGGUCAACUACCUGAACGCCCAGGGCAAGAAGGUCGGCGUGCUCAAGGUGCGCCUGUACCGCCCCUGGAACAGCAAGGUGCUGCUGGCGCAGAUCCCCGCCACCGUGCGCAAGGUGGCCGUGCUGGACCGCACCAAGGAGCCGGGCUCCGGCGGCGAGCCACUGUACCAGCAGAUCGCCAUGACGCUGCACGAGGCGGAGAUGGCCGACCCCGCGCUGCCGCGCCGCUACAUUGUGGGCGGCCGCUUCGGCCUGGCGUCCAAGGAGUUCCUGCCCAGCCACGCGGCCGCGGUGUUUGAGAACCUGGACGCCAAGAAGCCCCUGCGCGACUUCUCUGUGGGCAUCAUGGACGACGUCACACACCGCAGCCUGCCCGACAGCAGGUGGCUGCCGCUGGGCACCCGCACGCUUCCCAAGGGCACCUUCGAGUGCCUGUUCUGGGGCAUGGGCUCCGACGGCACCGUGGGCGCCAACAAGGAGGCCAUCAAGAUCAUCGCCAGCUCCGCCGGCAUGAGCGCGCAGGCCUACUUCUCCUACGACGCGCACAAGUCCGGCGGCGUGACGGUGUCGCACCUGCGCUUCGGCCCCAGCCCGAUCGACUCGCCGUACCUGGUGCAGCAGGCCGACUACCUGGCCGUCAACCACCAGUCCUACAUGGCCAAAUACGACACGCUGGCCAGCCUCAAACCCGGCGGCGUGCUGGUGCUCAACACCGUCUUCACCAGCCCCGACAGCCUGGGCAAGUACCUGCCCGACAAGGUCAAGAAGCAGAUCGCCGCGCUCAAGCCGCAGCUGUAUGUCAUCGACGCGCAGUCGGUGGCCAAGGCCUCGGGCCUGGGCAAGCACGUCAACAUGGUGAUGCAGACCGUGUUCUUCAACCUGUCCGGCGUGCUGCCCAUGGAGAAGGCGCUCGCGCUGCUGAAGAAGUCCAUCACCAAGGCCUACGAGCGCAAGGGCCCCGAGGUGGUGGCCAAGAACCACUCGGCGGUGGACAUGGCGGUGGCGGCGCUGAAGAAGCUGGACAUUCCCGCCUCCUGGUCCAGCCUGCCCACGCAUGUGGUCAACCCCAACCCGCCGGCCAAGGGCAACACCAGCCGCUGGGAGUUCAUCGAGACCGUGGCCAAGCCCAUGCUGGCACUGGAGGGCGAUAAGCUGCCCGUGUCGGUGUUCAGCCCCGAGGGCUUCGUGCCGCCCGGCACCACCGUCAUUGAGAAGCGCGCCAUCGCGGCGCAGGUGCCCAUCUGGAAGGCCGAGAACUGCACGCAGUGCAACAUCUGCGCCUUCGUGUGCCCGCACGCCGCCAUCCGCCCCGCGCUGGCCAGCCCCGCCGACCUGGUGGGCGCGCCCGCCACCUUUGGCACCAUCCAGGCCAAGGGCCCCGGCAUGGGCGACCUCAAGUAUCGCAUCCAGGUGUCGCCCUACGACUGCACCGGCUGCGACCUGUGCACGCACGCCUGCCCCGACGACGCGCUGCAGUCCGUGCCCAUCAACUCGGUGCUAGAGGUGGAGACCGCCAACUGGGACUUUGCCGGCACGCUGCCCGCGCGCACCGACAUCAUGGACAAGGCCACCGUCAAGGGCAGCCAGCUGCAGCCCCCGCUGAUGGAGUUCUCCGGCGCCUGCGAGGGCUGCGGCGAGACGCCCUACGUCAAGCUGCUGACGCAGGCAAGUUAUUGGGAAGAAAAGUGGGUUUUGUUUUGUGCACGCCUGCUGACGCAGCUCUUUGGCGACCGCCUGAUCAUCGCCAACGCCACCGGCUGCUCGUCCAUCUGGGGCGGCUCCGCGCCCUCCAACCCCUACACCACCAACGCCGACGGCUACGGCCCCGCCUGGGCCAACUCGCUGUUUGAGGACAACGCGCAGUUCGGUCUGGGCAUUGCCAUGGGCACCAUGCAGCGCCGCAAGACGGUGCGCAAGCACGUGCAGGAGGUGCUGGCGGUGGAGGCGGAGAAGAUGCCGCUGUCGUUUGGCCUGCGCAACGCGCUGACCCGCUGGGACGAGCACUUCGACGAGCCGGAGGUGGCCAACGUGGUGGCCAAGGAGCUGCAGCCCCUGCUGGAGCGCGAGAAGGACGUGCACCCCUGGAUCAGGCAGCUGUACGACGAACGCGACAUGCUGCACAAGGCCUCCAUCUGGAUCGUGGGCGGCGACGGCUGGGCCUACGACAUCGGCUUCGGCGGCUUGGACCACGUGCUGGCCAGCGGCGAGAACGUGAACAUCCUGGUGCUGGACACCGAGGUCUACUCCAACACCGGCGGCCAGCGCUCCAAGGCCACGCCCAAAUCGGCCGUGACCAAGUUCGCGGCGGGCGGGAAAGAGCGCCCCAAGAAGGACCUGGGCGCCAUCGCCAUGAGCUACGGCGACGUGUACGUGGCCUCCACCUCGCUGCACGCCAACUACGGCCAGGUCACCAAGGCCAUGGCCGAGGCGGAGAAGUACGGCGGCGUCUCGCUGGUGCUGGCCUACGCCCCCUGCAUCAUGCACGGCAUCAGCAGCGGCAUGUGCUCCGCCAUUGACGAGAGCAAGCAGGCCGUGGAGACCGGCUACUGGCCCCUGUACCGCUACAACCCCGCCGUCAAGGAGGACGCCACACACCACCGCUUCCAGCUGGAUGCCAAGAAGCUCAAGGGCGAUGUGGAGGAGUGGCUGAGUCACGAGAACCGCUUCCAAAUCCUGGAGCGCAAGAACCCCGAGGUGGCGCACAAGCUGCACCACGAGCUGGACGAUGCCGUGCACGAGCGCUUCGACCGCAUGAAGCACAUGGCUGCCGGCGGACACAUGGAGCCCGGCAGCCCGCCGCCCCCGGCCGCCGCGGCGCCGCAGGCUCAGGCCCCCGACCACGGCCACCAGCACAACACCAAGGAGAGCGGCUGCGGCGGCCACUAAUAAGCGGCUGCUGGAUGGAUGCGGCGCCGCCGCCUGUCCACCUGCCAGGCCUGCUGGCAGCGGCGGAGCUGGAACUGGGAGCUAGCGGCUUGAGGGACACGAGAGAGAGGGUGUUGUUGAAACCAUCACCGGCGGCUGUGGCGAUUGGGGCCCCGCAUUGGAGCUUUGGAGUAGCGCGGUUGACGGCUGGUGGGAUGGUGGGCAAGGAAGGCGUAGCUGGUAGGCAACGGACUGGGGCUGCCCCGCGGCCUGUGCAGCACUGCACGUGAGCGGUAUUGAUGAUUUGUGGACGCUAGGCGCUGAAUAGCACAUCGUUCCAGAUUCAUGGUUUUGCUUUCUUCUUUAAAUAGCGAGCGCGCAGGGCACAAUCACACGUGCGUGGCAUGUACGACGUGACUGGUUGUAGUGAAGGGGACGCGUAUUGUUGCAGCCGAGCCCCCACCAGCGCAGCGUUCUAAGCAUGUUGUUUGUUCGACGCUUGUGGUGAGGUAUGUGCGCGCCUCCACAACAUGUUGUAUGUGUCGUGUGUUUGUGGCGCCGUCUGAUUCUUUCCCUGUGCGUGUGUGCGCCGUUCCGUCGUGCUCCCGCGCCCAUAUAGGCGCAGGUGUGUCUGAUGGAUUCUUCUGAAGAGGUUACUAAGAGGGGAGGGCCCUCUGCACAUACAAUCAACUAGAGACUGAACUGGUUUUGGCGGGAUGCGCAGGGCAACAGGCUUCCAAUCAGAAGCUGCAACAUAACUGGCUGUCCAGGGUCUGUCAAUACCAGGGGAGGGUUUGUACUGCCAAUGCGGAUGUGUAACACGUAAUCACG